AGGAAAGCAACGAAAAAAAAAAAAAAAAAAAAAAUCGAAGCAAAUGACCAAAAAGCUGUAUUGACGAGCAGAAUAGAGUGAGAGAAGAAGAAGAAGAAGAAGAAGCAGAAGGGAGGGAGAGAGAGACAGAGAGAGGGGGCAUGGAAGCACUGAGAUACAUCUGGGAAGGUGCAAUUCCAUUACAGAUUCAUCUCCAUGAGUCUGAAGUCACCACCAUCCCUUCUCCACCGCCUGCAAUGGUCUUGGCUCCUCGGAUUGGCUACUUGCCUCUGUUGGCUUCUCAGAUUAAACCUUACUUCAGUAGUACGCUUCCUCCUGGAGUGGACACCAUUUGGUUUGAGUACAAGGGUUUGCCCCUUAAAUGGCAUAUACCGACUGGUGUACUGUUUGACCUUCUAUGUGCAGAACCAGAAAGACCGUGGAAUCUAACGGUACAUUUUAGAGGUUAUCCAAGACAACUGUUAAUUCCUUGUGAAGGUGAAGAUAGUAUAAAGUGGAGCUUUAUUAACUCAUUAAAAGAGGCCGAUUACAUUGUCAAUGGGAACACCAAGAAUGUCAUGAGCAUGUCUCAACCUGAUCUGGUGGAGUUAUGGCGUUCUGUAUUGAAUGCAGGUGACUUGGAAGCCUACCUACGUAUAUCAUCUAAACUUAAGCUUGGAGGAACUGACCACGAGCAAGUGUUGAAUUCUAUAACAACUUCAUCAUUGCCUGGUCAAAGUACUAGUGAGAUGGAUAUAGCAGGAAAAGUAAUGACAGGUCGAAUUCCCGUUCGAUUGUAUGUGAGGAAUGUAGGUGAAGAUUUUGAUAAUUUAGAAGAUGCACCACCAGUUAAUAAUUGGGAUGAUGUCUCAUACAUUAACCGUCCAGUAGAGAUUCAUGAAGAAUGUAAGUGCCUCACCUUACAUGAUGCUAUUAGGAGUCUGUUAUCCGAGCUUUUCCUCGAGAAGGCAACUACCAAGGAGGAAUCAACAACUAUUAUAGGUGAAGAAGAACGAAGUGAUUGUACAGAACAGGUGGAUUGUAAAAAAACUGAAGAGAGGGGACCAAAUUUUUGUGAUGAACAUUUUCAAUCUUAUCAUCCAAGCAUCAAGCUUGUUAGGAUCCAAGGGAUUGAACCAAAAUGCGAAAUUCCUUUCUCCUGGGUGGUGAACAACUUAAUGAAUCCUGAAUACUUUCUUCAUAUAUGUGUUUUUGUAACAGUUCAACAAGUCAGAUGCUAAGCUAUAGGGGGCCAAAGAGGAAGCUAAGACCAAGUAGGUGUUUCUAUUCCUUCAUUUGUGGUGCUGGGGACUGGACUUCUUUUAUUUAUUUAUUUAUUUUAUUUAUUAUUGUCACUUUUGAGAACAAUUAUUAUGUGAAAAGUUGUACAGAAAGUAAUGAUAUCAAUGUCUAUAAGUAGUCAUCCAUUUCAUUUCUC